AUGAAGAAAGAAUAUCUAUCUCCCUAUUCGCAUAUGAUACACAAAGGGCCCUGUAAGCUGCAAGGAAACAAAUUCUAUGAAAAUCAUUUUUUAUCCUCUAUUUCUCUUCUAUCUCUAUCUAUCAAGCUAUCUAUUAUUCUAUCUAUCUAUCUCUCUUCAUAUAUCUCUAUCUCUCCAUCUAUCUCUCUGCAUAACUAUCUCCUUUCAUAUCUAUCUCUCUAUCUAUCACUCUAUCUAUUAUUCCAUGUAUCUAUCUAUCUCUCUUCAUAUAUCUCUAUCUCUCCACCUAUCUCUCUUCAUAACUAUUUUCUUUCAUAUCUAUCUAUCUAUCUAUCUAUCUAUAAAAAAAUGAAAAAAAAAAUUUCUUUUCAUGAAAAUACGAAAGGCCUAAAGUGUAGAAUCCAAGGUAAUCUAUCUAUCUAUCUAUCUAUCUAUCUAUCUAUCUAUCUACUCUUUCUCUGCCUUGAUUCUGCCACUCAGUCUUAUCAGCCUUUCUUUUCUAUUCCCUUCUCUCUCUUCACUUCUCUCCUAUCUUCAUCUAUUCUAAUGUCUUCUCUCUCUUCUCCUCUCUUCUCUUCUCUUCUCUUUUAUUCUAAUCACUUCUCUUAUAUUCUCUCUUUUUUUUCUAUCCUCUUCUCUUCUCUCCCCCCUGUCUCUUCUCUUCUAUUCUUCUCUAUCUUCUUCUCUUUUUCUUUCUUCUCAAUCUCUUUUUCUGCCUGGUAG